AUGUCUGUGCCUCCACAAUUGUCCUCACUGUCUGCUGGCCAGAGCAACAGUCAAUUGAGCGUUGAACUUAUGUUCCAAAGCAUUAUGGGCAUGAUGCAGCAAUCUCAAAUCGACAUUGCCGACCUCAAGCACGAAUGCUCAGAGCUCAAGCAGGCCAACGCCAAUCUUGAGAGGCAACUACGAGACAACAACCAGGGUUACAAUGGGUACUACCGCGCCAGCACGCCCGGGUUUAUGACUCCUGCAGUACCCUCGAGUCCUCAAAUGCGAGCAAAGUCACCUUUCCUCAGUCCUGCAAUUCCUAAUUCAAUCCCGACACUCUCCGCUCCUGUACACCACCCAUCUCCUUUGGGUGACAACGCGAUCUCAAACUCGAGUUACUUUAGCGCUGCCCGCGACAUUCCUGGGUUCUACGUCGUAAUUCCCGCUGGUGGUGCAGGUACACGUUUGUGGCCCCUUUCCCGUGAAGGGCACCCGAAGUUCCUUCUCGAUCUUACGCUCAAAGGACGGUCCCUUAUCCAGGCGACAUGGGAUCGUCUUCUUCCUCUGACCUCUGCUAGUCGCACUACAAUUGUAGCUGGACCCAGUCACGUAUCUUCUAUCCGCGAGCAACUUCCUGACUUGCUUUCUGAAAACCUUUUCUGUGAACCUACGGCCAAAGAUUCGAUGGCCGCCAUCGGCCUCGCUGCGGCUAUUUUGGCUCAUCGAGAUCCCGACGCUGUCAUUGGCUCAUUCGCUGCUGACCACAUGAUUUCUGGUGAUGAUGCCUUCCUGGCUGCUGUCGCUGAGGCCGUCGAGGUCGCGCGAAACGAUUACCUCGUGACAAUCGGAAUUGCCCCUUCACAUCCAUCUACCGGCUUUGGGUACAUCCGUCUAGGUGAACCCGUCAAUAUCAAGAAUGCUCCAAACGCACGGCUCGUUUCCAGUUUCAAAGAAAAACCUGAUGCCAGAACAGCUGCUUCAUACAUCGCCACCGGAAAAUACCGCUGGAACGCGGGUAUGUUCGUGAUGAAAGCCACAACUCUUCUUAAAUUCCUUGAGGAAUACAAGCCUGAGAUGAGUGAAGGGCUAAGGAAGAUUGGUGCGGUUUGGGACGACGAAAAAGAGAGGAAUAUAAUUUUGGAAAAAAUUUGGCCAGAGUUGGAGAAGAUUCCCAUCGAUAAUGCGGUCGCUGAACCCGCCGCAGAAGUUGGAAGAGUUGCUGUUGUACCUGCAACCUUCGGUUGGGAUGAUGUCGGUGAUUUUUCUUCUCUUUCCGACCUUUUGCCUGCAGAGGCGAAUCAACCUCGUGUUUUGGGAGACCCCUCUCUUGUGCUUACCGAUCAAGUUGCCGGAGGUAUUGUCGUACCCGGUUCAGGUCGUUUGAUAUCUUGCCUCGGCGUUGACGAUCUGGUCAUCGUCGAUAUGCCAGAUUGUCUAUUGGUCACUACCCGCGCACGAUCGCAAGAAGUCAAAAGAAUUGUUAAAAAGGCCAGGGAUCAUGGGUGGAAGAAGCUCCUCUAA